CUACCCAUUUGGAAUUUGUUUUUUCCGUCUCCUCUUUUCUUUCCUCAUAUCUAUCUGAGGAAAGUUUUUCCUGCUUUUACAGUUGCAAAUAAUUCCCUCUUAUAUUCUCACUUCUCAGGCAAAUCUGAUAAACAGUCCACUGAUAGCCUUCAUCUCUUUCCCCUACCGAUUCAGAAAAUCGGUAUGGGCAGAGUAACAAAAACAGUUGCGAAAAUCAUAGGCCCGAGCAAACCCAUUUUCAUAUGCGUAGCAGGGGUGGCUCUGGUAAUGCUGCUUUUGAGUUUCUCACCUUCCACUAGUUUUCCCAACAUGUUUGACGUGUCAAAGAUGACGAUAUCGCAGGAAAAAGAUGGCGCAGCUACGAAAGAUUGCACAACCGUACUGAGUGAUCAAGGCCUCAACCUGGGCCACGACCCAGUCGACCAGACGUUCUACGACGACCCGACGCUGAGUUAUGAGAUAGGGAAUCCAGGCAAGAACUGGGAUGAGAAGAGAAGAGAGUGGCUGAAGUAUCAUCCGUCGUUUGCCACGGGAGUAGAGGACCGGGUUUUCGUGUUGACCGGAUCGCAGCCGUCGCCGUGCAAGAAUCCAAUCGGAGAUCAUUUGAACUUGAGGCUUUUCAAGAACAAGGUGGAUUACUGCCGGAUCCACGGCUACGACAUCUUCUACAACAACGCGUUUAUGCACCCGAAAAUGGUCAAUUGGUGGAUCAAAAUACCCGUGCUUCGGCCAACAAUGUUGGCCCACCCAGAGGCUGAGUGGAUCUUUUGGGUUGACUCAGAUGCUGUAUUUACUGAUAUGGAUUUUAAGCUGCCAUUGGAUAAGUAUAAGGAUUAUAACUUCGUGGUGCACGGGUGGUCCUACUUGGUCUAUGAGAAGAAGAGUUGGGGCGGGGUUAACGCUGGGGUGUUUUUGAUCCGCAAUUGUCAAUGGUCGAUGGAGUUUAUGGAGGCGUGGGCCGAGAUGGGCCCACAGACUCCAAACUAUGAAAAUUGGGGUCAAAUUCAGAUAUCAGCGCUUAGUGACAAAAAACACCCAGAUUCUGAUGACCAGUCAGCUUUGGUUUAUUUGCUAUUGAAAAGGAAGGAGACGUGGGGUAAUAAGAUUUACAUAGAGAGUGAGUAUGAAUUAAAUGGGUAUUGGGGCAGCUUCGUUGACUCGUUCGAUAAUAUUAGUGACAGCUAUGCGAGGAUAGAGAAAGGGGUGGCGGAGUUGCAGAGACGACAUGCGGAGAAGGUGAGUGAGCACUAUGCGGCCGUGAUGAGGGAGGCGGUUAUCAGCCUGGGCGGCGAUGGUGGGGGAGCAAAGCGGCCGUUCAUCACGCAUUUUACGGCAUGUAGGCCGUGUAGUGGGAUGCACUGGGGGUACACUGCUGAGCAAUGCUACGGUGGGAUGGAAAAGGUUCUGAAUUUCGCUGAUAAUCAGGUGCUUCGCAACUACGGUUUCGUGCGCCCGGACCUAAUGAACACCUCCUCCCUCAGCCCUCUGCCCUUUGGUUCCUCGUCUUACAUCAAAGAGAAAUAGAAAGUGCGUCAAACGUAUCUUGUUUCGCUCAUGUUGUGCAUGGUUAGAAAAUACUCUUUCGAUUGUUCCAUUCGGAAUUAUGUUUUUUUGGUUUCUCAAAUUUCUAGAACCCGCUCGGUACGUUUAUCUGAAGGAUUACACUAUUUCUACA